AUGCUCUGCAGGCGAACAACAACACUCUCCACUUCAACUCAACAGACUCGUCUUUUCCACCUCCGUACACCGAAUACCCCUCGCCUCAAUAACCUAUCCUCAACUCUUUCCUUCACAACAGUACCAACGCGUGUCCGUGCCACAUCCACUGCUGUACCAUUGAUCUUUUCGCGCCAAUUCUCAUACACCCCCUCUGCACUCGCCUCAACUACCACCCCAGACGACCUCAAGGCGAGCCCAUUGGCGCCGGUCGAUUUUGCGGCGAUCGAGCAAAAAUGGUUGAAGCGCUGGAAGGAAAACAAGGCUGUCGAGGCUCAGGCUGGGGCUGUCAAGGCUGCUUCCGCACAGGAGUUACCUGCCGGUGAGGAACCAGACAAGUUCUAUAUCCUGUCCAUGUUCCCUUACCCCUCGGGUAACUUGCAUAUGGGCCACGUUCGCGUUUAUGCUAUUAGUGAUGCCCUUGCACGCGCCAGGAGGAUGAUGGGCUUCGAUGUGGUGCAUCCAAUGGGCUGGGAUGCGUUCGGUCUUCCUGCCGAGAACGCGGCAAUUGAACGAGGUAUCCACCCGAACGAAUGGACUGUCAAAAAUAUCGCCGUCAUGAAGGGACAGAUGGAAAAAAUCCUCGCCGACUUUGAUUGGGAUCGGGAAUUGAGGACAUGUAGCCCAGAGUACUACCGCUGGACACAGUACUUGUUCUUGAAGCUUCAUGAGGCUGGACUGGCAUAUCAGAAGGAAGCUGUUGUCAACUGGGACCCUGUCGACGAGACCGUUCUCGCCAAUGAACAGGUCGACUCGGAGGGCAAGUCAUGGCGAUCAGGAGCGGUGGUGGAGAAGAGAAAGCUGCGUCAGUGGUUCUUCAAGAUCACGGAAUACGCCGAGGAUUUGCUUCAGGACCUCGAUCGACUUCAACACUGGCCUGAGCGUGUCAAGCAGAUGCAGAGGAAUUGGAUCGGCAAAUCCAAGGGAGCAGAAUUCGAUUUCAAGGUCAACACCUCUGGUUCCUCAGGAGAUAUCCAGGUUUUCACCUCACGUCCUGAUACCGUCUUUGGAGUUCAGUUCCUUGCCGUCUCGGUCGAACACCCUAUCUUGGAGAGUGUCCCCGUCAGUCAUCAGCAACAGUUGGAAGAGUUCAAGGAGUCGUUGAAGAAGGUUAACACUUCUGAAACUGAGCCUGGUCCUGAGGGCGUUCCUACCGGAUUGAUGGCGGAUCACCCCUUCUUGCAGGGCACCAAGAUCCCAGUGUACGCUGUCAACUAUGUGGUCUCAGAUUACGGCACCGGUGCUGUGAUGGGUGUUCCUGGUCACGACGAGCGCGACUUUGCUUUCGCCAAGACGCAAGGAAUCGAUGUCAAGUACGUGGUUACGCCUGAGCCUACUGAAGGCGGCAAAGCUGCUACAGAGGGUGGCGUUUUGACGGGACGCGGUGUUUUGAUGGGCAAUAAUGGUGAGUAUUCGGGAUUGACGAGCGAGGCCGCUGCUGAGGCUAUUGUCAAGAAGGCAGAUGGGCUCGGAUUCGGGCGUGAGAAGACCAGCUUCCGUAUCCGCGACUGGUUGUUGUCACGACAGAGGUAUUGGGGUGCGCCUAUCCCCAUGAUCCAUUGCCAGGGAUGUGGACCUGUCCCUGUCCCUGUUGAGGAUCUGCCUGUUGUCUUGCCUAUGGAUGUUUCCUUCACCGGCCGUGGAGGCAGUCCUCUCAAGCAGAUCGAUGACUGGGUCAAAUGCUCCUGCCCCAAGUGCGGUGGUUCGGCACAAAGAGACUCGGAUACUAUGGACACGUUUGUGGACUCGUCGUGGUACUUUUUGAGAUAUCUGGACCCGCACAACACCAACAUCCCCUUCUCACACGCCAAGGGGACCUCAGGAAUGCCAGUCGACGUUUACAUCGGAGGCAUCGAGCACGCCAUUCUCCACCUGCUCUACUCUCGAUUCUUGUCCAAGUUUGCUUGGAAGACUGGUCUCUAUGGUCGGGGCCCCGAGGUAGAGGACAAAGCAGGCAAGGAACCUGGUCGUGGCGAGCCCUUCAAGGUCUUGCUCACCCAGGGUAUGGUCCAAGGACGCACAUUCAAGGAUCCUGUCACGGGUGCAUUCUUGAAACCUGACGAGGUUGAUCUGUCGGACCCUGCGAACCCGAUCCAGAAGUCGACUGGUUUGACGCCUAACCAGAGUUAUGAAAAGAUGAGCAAGAGCAAGUAUAACGGAGUCGAUCCUGAGGAUAUGAUUACGAGCCAUGGUGCGGAUGCGACACGGUUGCACGUGCUUUAUAAGGCCCCUCCGUCAGAGGAGCUUGAGUGGGAUGAGCAGAGUAUUGUCGGCAUGCAGAGGUUUUUGGCCAAAGUCUGGAAGGUUGUUGGAAACGCCACUCAGACUGGCGCUGGCACUGGAGCUUUUGAGCCCUCGAUGGAGACUAUGAACAAGGAUGAGCGUGACCUCUGGCGCACCCUUAACCAUACCGUCAAGGAGCUUACGACAUCGUUCCAGAGUACAUACGCGUUUAACACGUCGAUCGCGUUCUUGAUCAAGCUCACCAACCAGCUCUCCACCGUCACACCCUCAUCAUCCACCACCACCACAACCUCACAACCUGCAUCCAAGAAGGCAAAGAAGGUCCAGGCUGACGUCUCUCCCGAACUCUACCAACACACUGCCGAGGCACUCGUGAAGAUGCUCUCCCCCCUCGCACCUGCCUUUGGAGAAGAGUGCUGGGAGACUCUCCAAUCCCGCUCCUCUUCCACCUCUUCAGUGAAAACCCCAGGAACGACACCAAGCGUCUUCUCCGAGACAUGGCCCUCUUUCCACGAGUCCGCUCUAAAGGAAGACAAGAUCGUCUGCGGCAUCCAAGUCAACGGCAAGAGCCGGUUCAAUAUCGAGUAUGAUGUUUCCGAAUUGCCUGGUGACAAGGCCGGGCAGGAGGCGUUCUUGAGGGAUUUGGUGUAUAAGCAUGAGAGGGCGCAGAAGUGGUUGUUGGAUGAUGGAGGGAAGGUGAGAGAUGUGAAGAAGAUGAUUGUUAUCAAGGGCGGUAAACUUGUCAGCUUUGUUCUGUAG